AUGGAUGAACCACCAUUGAAAAAAUCAAGAGCUGAAAGCGGUGAGUUGAUUCAAAUUGAAAAGGAAAAUGAAAAUAACUGUUAUUUGAUUGCAGAUUUUGACGGUGACGGUCUGGAUGCUCUCAGUGAAUUAGAACAGUUAGAACCAUUAGGAUCAGGAGGUGCUGAAAAUGAAAAUGCAAGUACAUCAGGAGGAUCGGGCGGUCCACCAAAUUCAGUACCAACUUCUGCACCUCAACAACCAACAACUUCUGGCUUCAAUUUACAACCUGGAAGUGUUCCAUCUCAACCAACACCAAAUGCUCCAGUCACAAAUGGUACUACUGGAAGUGGAGGUGGUUCAGUUUUACAAGAAUUGCUAAUGACACAAUCACAAGGUGCUAAUAAUUCACCAAGGCCGCCAAAUCAACAAUAUCCACCUGGCGCACAACAACAGAAUACAGCUUUUAAUAGGUUAGUUUAAAUUUUAAAGAAAAGUUUUCAAAAUUAAAUGUUUCCUUCUUUGAAGGAGUCCACUUAUGCACAAUGGUUCAACCACAAUGAUGUCACCACCAAAUUCAAUAGCUGGAAGAGUUCCUGGACCAUCUCCAGGCGGACCACAACAACCAGCUUCACAUGUUCAACAAAUGCGCGGUGGUCAACCAGGAAUGUAUCCCCCUGGAGCACCAGAACCUGGAACAAUGAUGAUGGGCGGACAAGCUGGUCAACAAUAUCCAGCGGCGAUGAUGCAUCGAUAUCCCGGUUAUGGUCAAGGACCAGCCGGAGUUCCGCCACCAGGUUAUGGUGGAAGAGGUGCACAACCAGUUGGUGGACGAGGUGCACCGCCACAAAUGAUGAAUGGAGCAAUGGGACGAGGCGGACCAAUGGGUGGACAAGGAAGAGGUGCUGCGAUGCCUGGACAAAUGAUGCCACGUGGAAUGAUUGAUCCAGCUUAUGCACAACAUCAACAAUAUAUGCAUCAAGCGGCAUAUGGAAGAGGACAACAUCCACAAUAUCCAAUGAUGCAUCCACAACAUCAAAUGAUGCUUGAUGCAAAUGGACAACCAAUAAGACCUGGACAUCAACAAAUGGUUAGUUUUGAGACUCAGAUGGGUUUGAAUUGUCUAUAGAGAUGAGGUUUUUGACCUUAUUAGAUAACAAAAAUUACUCAUUCGAUAUCUGACAAAAUCGACUUGAAACUUUUUAGCUCAAUUUUCGAUUUGAGUUAUGAAGUGGGAAAGUUUUAAAAUUUGAAAAUGGGCUGAUAAAAUUUUUAACAAGAGAAAAAAUCUCGAGUUUAUAAAAAUAUUUUUCAAUUUACAGAUGAUGCCGAUGAAUGGUCAUCAUCCAAUGCAACAUCCAAAUCAGCAAGCAGCUGCAGCCGCAGCCGCCGCCGCAGCAGCAGCUCGAGAAGCUCAAAAUGGUCGAGCAUCAACGCCUGGAACAUCACAACUUGGUCAACAAGAUCCAGAAAAAAGAAAAUUGAUUCAACAACAACUUGUUCUACUUUUACAUGCACAUAAAUGUCAACAACGAGAACGAGAAAAUCAAGAAGCUCGAUCAAAUAAUGCCAAUAAUAUUCAUCCACCUUGCAAUCUUCCACAUUGUUCAACAAUGAAAGAAGUUCUACAACAUAUGACAUCGUGCAACAAUGGAAGAGGAUGUCCCUGUAAAUGUGAGAUUUUGGGUGUUUUGAAAUUAAUUUUGAAUUCGUUUUCAGAUCCACAUUGCGCUUCAUCAAGACAAAUCAUUGCUCAUUGGAAGAAUUGUAAUCGAGAAGAUUGUCCAGUUUGUAAACCAUUGAAAAGGAUACAAGAUAAUCCUGUUGCAAUGAAUGGUAAGAAUUUAAUAUAAAAACAAAAUAAUAAUAAUGAAUAAUAUUUCAGAAGUAAUUUCAUCAUUCCAAUCUCCACCAUUGAGACAAAUACCAAAUGCUCUUUUCGAAGGCUAUAACGGUGAUCCUUUCCGAUUACCAAAUGCACCAAAUCAGAAAAUCAGUGGACCAACUAGUGGACAGAUGGGACGAAUUGAUAGGCCUGGAAAUAGUGAUAUGAAUCUACCGCCACCUGGUGAACCAGGAACAACCAAAGAAUGGCAUCUUCAAGUCACCAAAGACCUUCGCAAUCAUCUCGUCGGUAAACUUGUCAAAUCCAUUUUCCCGGAGCCUGAUCGAGCAGCGGUAAAUGAUUCGAGAAUCAAAGAAUUGGUGAAUUAUGCGCGAAAAGUUGAGAGAGAAAUGUUUGAAUCAGCCAACGAUCGAGAAGAAUAUUAUCAUUUGCUGGCCGAGAAAAUCUAUAAAAUUCAGAAACAAUUGCAAGAGAAACAGAGUCAUAGACUCAGUCAAGGACAACAACAAGAUCGUGAGUUACUUUUUUUUUUUUGAAUUUAUAGGAAAUUUCUUGAUCUAAAUUCUCAAAUCAUCUCUUCUCUUUUAGCAUACGGUAUUCCACCGGCUUCGGAACUUGCUGAAAUGAUGGGAGUUGAACAACGCGGACAACCAAUUGAUCCACAACAACCAGGAACAUCAAAUAUGACGAAUGGAUCUGCGUCGAAUCAACCACAACCUGAACCUGCUACUCAACAACAACAACAACAACAGCAACCACAUUCACAACAUCCACCAUGGGUAAGUAUUUUUAAGAGCACAGAAUCUCUCUUGGAUAAUGAAAUUAAAUUUCAAAUCAUCAGCAAAACCAAUAUAAUUUCAGAUGUCAACACCGGGUUCAAAUCAUUCUUCACAACAACCACCUCUGCAACAAAUUAAUUCAAAUAAUCAACAACAAUCACAACAACCAAACUCAAUGAUAUCAUCAAAUGGUGCACCUCCUUCAAUGUUUUCGAAUAGUGGUAGUAGUACACCAAGUGUAAUGCCAUCAAUUCAACAACAGCAAUCACAAGCUUCUGAAAGUAAGCCAUCAAUAAUUAAGAAAGAGGAACCAAUGGAUGUUAAUGAACAAGGUUGCUUUAAUGGACCAUCUUCAUCAGCUGGACUGAUAAAUGGAACUGUUAAAAAAGAGGAACCAGAAGAACCUGUAAAUCCACCAAAUAAUAAUGGAAAUGAGAAGAUUAUAAAGAAAGAGCCAAGUAAUACACCACCUUUGAAAACGGAAACAAUUCAAAGAGAACCGACACCACCAUUAGCUGAAGAUAUGGUAUUUUCAGCGGAAGAAUUGAAAAGCUUUUUGUUGCCGGUUUGGGAGAAAUUGGAUAAAUCUGAAGAUGCGAUGCCAUUUCGAGUGCCUGUUGAUCCGAUUUUAUUAAAUAUUCCAGAUUAUCAUAAUAUUGUUAAACAUCCAAUGGAUUUGGAGACAAUUUAUAAGAAAAUGAACGCGGGAAUUUAUAAAAAUGCGUGGCAAUUUUGUGAUGAUAUUUGGCUGAUGUUUGAUAAUGCUUGGUUAUAUAAUCGAAAGAAUUCGAAGGUUUAUAAAUAUGGAACAAAGUUAUCCGAAUUAUUUGUGGCUGUGAUGGAUCCAGUUAUGAAAGCGAUGGGUUAUUGUUGCUCGAAGAAAUUAUCAUUUACACCAUUAGCACUGUUUUGUUAUGGAGCUGCAAUGUGUACAAUAGCUAGAGAUCAACCAUAUUGGGUUUAUGAAACAAAUUCGAAUCAAUUUAAUGUUGUUGUAUCAGAAAGAUAUACAUAUUGUACAAAAUGUUUCGAUGCUCUACCACCAGAAGGAAUUUCAUUAUCUGAUAAUCCAUCAGAUCGAACAAGUAUGGCAUCGAAAGAAAAGUUCCAACAAAUGAAGAAUAAUUUGAUUGAUUUUGAACCGUUUGAUAAUUGCAAAUAUUGUCAUCGAAAAUGGCAUCGAAUUUGUGCUCUUCACGAUAAGAAAGUUUUCUCCGAAGGUUUUAUAUGCGAUAGUUGUCGAGCGUCGAAAAAAUAUCCGAAAGCAGAGAACAAAUUUUUGGCCAAGAAAUUGCCGCAUAAUAAAUUGUCGACGUUUUUGGAAGAUCGGGUUAAUGGAUUUAUCAAGCGAUCAUUACAAGCUGAAGCAUAUAAAUAUGAAGUUGUUAUUCGAACUUUGUGUGUUCAAGAUAAAGAAGUUGAAGUGAAAUCGCAAAUGAAGACCAAGUAAGUUUACAAGAAAAUGCUUUUAAAGAUUUGAUUCACUAGUUUUUCGAUAGAAAAACACCUACGCAAAGUUGCGAAUAAACCUUAUUUUUUCCAGAUAUUGUGAUAAAGGCCAAUUUCCCGAAAAAUUCCCUUAUCGAACAAAAGCUGUAUUUGCAUUCGAAAUCAUCGACGGCGUCGAAGUGUGCUUCUUUGGUUUACAUGUUCAAGAAUACGGAAGUAAUUGUCCAACUCCAAAUGCUCGUCGUGUAUAUAUUGCCUAUUUGGAUUCGGUGCACUUUUUCCAACCAAGAGAAUUGAGAACCGAUGUGUAUCAUGAGAUUUUGUUGGGAUAUUUAGAGUUAGUUUUUUUUUGUUCUUCAGAGGGUUUCUUGGAAAAAGAUUAUUUUUUUCGAAAAAAAAGUCAAAUUGACUGUUCGACUUUCUCUAAAUAUAAUAUGUAUUUUUUCUAGCUACGCGAAAAAGUUGGGUUACACAAUGGCACAUAUUUGGGCUUGCCCGCCUUCUGAAGGCGAUGAUUAUAUAUUCCAUUGCCAUCCAACUGAACAGAAAAUCCCGAAGCCAAAAAGAUUGCAAGAUUGGUAUAAAAAGAUGUUGGAAAAAGGAGUACAAGAGAAAACUGUUGUCGAAUUCAAAGAUAUAUACAAACAAGCUCGAGAUGAUAAUUUAGUGUCACCAAUUCAACUUCCAUAUUUCGAAGGAGAUUUCUGGCCGAAUGUUAUUGAAGAUUGUAUUCGAGAAGCGAAAACAGAAGAAGAGCAAAGAAAAACAACGAAAGAAGAAGAUUUGAAUGAAGAUGAAAAUGGAGAUGGAGAUAAUGGAAUUGGUGGAGCAACUGAUAAGAAAAGUUCGAAACAAAAUAAGAAGAAUAAUUUGAAGAAAAAUGCAAAACUGAACAAAAAGAAACAAGGAAGUGUGACUGGAAAUGAAGUUUGUGAUAAAUUAUAUUCGCAAUUCGAGAAACAUAAGGAAGUAUUCUUCACAAUUCGACUUGUUUCACAACAAUCUGAAUUGUCAGUUUUGUCAACACCAAUCACUGAUCCGGAUCCAUUAAUGCCUUCUGAAAUGAUGGAUGGAAGAGAUACAUUUUUGACGAGAGCCAGAGAUGAACAUUGGGAAUUUUCAUCGUUGAGAAGAGCAAAGUGAGUUUUUUUUGAGAGGGUUUUGGAGUUGUGAAAAUAGAUUAUUCUAAAAAAGGUGAAGAAAAGCCUGUAGCUCUAGAAAUCGUGCUGAAUUUUGUGGAACUAUUGAAAGUUAACAAUUUGCAGUUUUACUUGUAAAAUUAAUUUAAAAGACAUUAUUUGUAAAAACGUAAACUUUACAACAGAGGCCCGGACAAAAAAAGUCAUGAUCUCAGAAUCGGCCCAAUUUUUUUCUUAGUAAGCCCCAUGGGUGGGGAACUUUUUCCACCAGGUUAGAGAUCAUGAUAUCGUUUCGCCAAUUUGGUGGGACCGGGUGAAGGGGAAAAUUGUUUUUCGAAAAAAUUCGUAAGUCGGUUUAACGUUCAUAUUUUUCGAUGAUUAAAAAAGCAUUUUGCUCGUCUUUUGACGCUCUUUGCGAUGGAAAAGAGCACGAAUUUCGAUACUCUAUCCUAAAAAAAAUUUUUUUUUCGCCAUAAUACAACAUUGCUUAGGAGUCAUUUCCGCUCUUUCUAACCGCUUCCAAAAUGUUCCUCGUGCUUUUUUACCCAUAUUUAGCUACUUUCAAAAAAAAUCGCCGGCACCUAUCAACCUCGGAAAAUCACCUAAAAGGGCGCCACUCAAGCGCGCGCGCUCAUAUAACACACAUAUGUGCGUGUGUGUGUUUGUGUGCAUUGAAGGAUUACUGUAGGUGGGAGAAAAAGUUUAAAAAAAACGACUUUCUCGUGGAAACGAUGCAAAUUACAAUGAAUAGUUCCCAAAAUGAAGUACCCCGAAGGCAUUUUACAUGCAAAAAUUUUGUUUUCGGACUUUCAAGGGGUUGGACUUUUUUUUGAUAUUUUUUAGCUCUGAACUUUGAAAAAUCGUACCCCCUCUGAGCCAAGUUCUGGGCUCACAAAAGUUCGAAAAUUGCUGAAAAUUGCUCAUAAAGGUCAUCAUAGCUCCAUUUCAAAAUAAUUUGUGGGAGAAAUAAAAUUCAGAUAAUGAUCAGCAUAGUCGAUUUACUAAAAGUACAACAAUAAAACUUUUUUUUCGAAAAAUUUUGAAUUUUUUUAUUUUUCGGCUGAAAAUUCAUGAAUGUGUCUCUGCUCAUUCUUUUUUCAUAAAUGAAUUUUUCUUGAAAAUUUGAUUUAUUGAUGGUUUUUGGGUAAAUCGACCACGCUGAUCAUCAUCUGCUACUCAGUUUUUCAAAAAAAUGAUCGAGAAUUGAGUUAUGAUGUAUUUUAUGAGCCAAUUUUAGCAAUUUUUGAACUUUUGAGAGCCCAGAACUUGGCUCAGAGGUCCAUUGGGAGACUAAAUUUUUAGGGUGUUCUUAUGACACCAAAAGCUGUCAAUAGACAAAAUUUCAUCAAGAUUUGAAGUGUUGAGCAAAAAAGGUUUCCUUGUUUGAGGAAGUACCAAGUGUUCUAGUGCCAAUUUUCAAACUCUGCGUUUGAAGUUACGUACAAUAGCAUGUUAAAAUUGAUAGGUGUCCGGUCCCCAGUGGUACUGGAAAUUGAUUUUAUGUUUUUCUCGGAAAUUUUUGAAAAUGUCCAAAAUUCUUACGCUGUCAACUAUUUGCGCCAGAAAAGCCACUAUGACCAGCAACCGUGCCUGGAGAACCACUUUAACUUGGUACGGCGCCUUGCGAGUUUUUAUAUCACGUCGUUGCGCUUUCAGAGACCACCAGGUAAGGUACGGCACUUAAGCAAAGAAUUCGAUCAAGAAUCCACGUCUUGAUAGCCACUAUUGCUAAUUACUGCUCCUAGUGAGCAACUUUCACUAGGAUCACGCCUAGAACGCCUAGAAACACGCCUAGAACACUGUAUUUUUUUUGCAAUUCGAGGGAGACGCAGACUUUAACGUGGGCAGACAAAUCUCUCGUCGAAAAAGGGAGAGAAAUAGUGUGUGGCAGACACACAGCGUGGCGAGACCAGCGACUGUCUGCGUCUCCUCGAAAUUGCAUUUUUCUAUUAGAAAAAAACACAGUGAGAAAGUAAGACUGACAAGGAUCUACGUCUAGAGAGCAGCUCUGGGAAGGAUUUACGCCUAGAAAACAUCACUGACAAGGAUCUAUGUCUAGAAAGCAAGUCUGACAAAGAUUCGCGUCUAGAAAACCAUUAUUAUAAGAGUCAACGCCUAGACAAUUGAGCUGGCAAGGAGCCGCGCCUAAGAGAGCUAUCCAUGAUUUUUUUCUAAGCGGGACUCCUUGCCAGAAUGAACUUCUAGGCGCGGAACUUUGUCAGAAUAGCUUUCUAAGCCUGAAGAUUUGCCGGAAUGAUUUUCUAGGCGCAGUACCUAUCUAUGAUGAUUUUCUGAGUAGUUCUAACAUACUACUGUACGUAACGUUAAACGUAGAGUUUGAAAAUUGGCACUAGAACACUUGAUACUUUUAACAACUCUUAUUUUCAGUCAAUAGAGAGAUAUUUGAGAUCCAUUCUGUUUUUUUCUUCGACUUUUUUUGUCCACUGUAAGUGGAAAUACGAUUUUUCAAAGUUCAGAGCUAAAAAAUAUCAAAAAAAAAGUCCAACCCCUUGAAAGUCCGAAAACAAAAUUUUUGCAUGUAAAAUGCCUUCGGGGUACUUCAUUUUGGGAACUAUUCAUUGUAAUUUGCAUCGUUUCCACGAGAAAGUCGUUUUUUUUAAACUUUUUCUCCCACCUACAGUAAUCCUUCAAUGCACACAAACACACACACGCACAUAUGUGUGUUAUAUGAGCGCGCGCGCUUGAGUGGCGCCCUUUUAGGUGAUUUUCCGAGGUUGAUAGGUGCCGGCGAUUUUUUUGAAAGUAGCUAAAUAUGGGUAAAAAAGCACGAGGAACAUUUUGGAAGCGGUUAGAAAGAGCGGAAAUGACUCCUAAGCAAUGUUGUAUUAUGGCGAAAAAAAAAUUUUUUUUAGGAUAGAGUAUCGAAAUUCGUGCUCUUUUCCAUCGCAAAGAGCGUCAAAAGACGAGCAAAAUGCUUUUUUAAUCAUCGAAAAAUAUGAACGUUAAACCGACUUACGAAUUUUUUCGAAAAACAAUUUUCCCCUUCACCCGGUCCCACCAAAUUGGCGAAACGAUAUCAUGAUCUCUAACCUGGUGGAAAAAGUUCCCCACCCAUGGGGCUUACUAAGAAAAAAAUUGGGCCGAUUCUGAGAUCAUGACUUUUUCGUUGUCCGGUGGGUUUUGCAGUUUUACAAAGAGUGUCUUUUAAAUUCUGAAAUAUUAAAAAUUUCAAUCGAUUUUUUCAAAAAUUCGGAAACAAAAAAAGUGAUAUUUUUGUUUCUUAUAAGGAAACUAGUGUUUUAUCGAUUUCAAGAUAACAUUUUUGAUCCUUUUUUUUCAAAAAACUGUUUUUGUUUGCAAUGUUUUUCUAUUAGAAUGAAUGAGAAAGGAUUAUGAAAUAUUUCGCAUAUUUAUUUUCUUUCAGAUAUUCAACAUUGUGCCUGGCACACGCAUUACACGAUACAGAAUCUGGAAAAGUUAUGGAAUAUUCGUGUAAUGGAUGUUCGAAUACAAAUGCGAAAUGGCAUUGUACUGUUUGUGAUGUAAGUUUUUUCGGAUUCUUCAUUGGGACCACAAAAAAUAGGGAUCACAUUUUUUUCAUUUUGAAUGGGACCUAAUCCAUAAUAUUUUUGCAGGAUUAUGAUUUGUGUGAAAGUUGCAAAGAUACAACGAAACAUGAACAUCCAUUUGAACUCAUCAAAUCAAUUGUUCCUGAUUCUGGAGGUGAAGCCGGCGGAAAUAAUCGAUUCGAAAGUAUUCAACGAUGCAUUCAAUCAUUGGUUCAUGCUUGUCAAUGCAGAGAUGCAAAUUGUCGUCGAAUGUCUUGUCAUAAGAUGAAACGAGUUGUUCAACACACAAAAAUGUGCAAGAAACGAAUCAACGGAACUUGUCCGGUUUGCAAACAACUCAUUGCAUUGUGUUGUUAUCACGCAAAACAUUGUACAAGAGACGCGUGUUCUGUUCCAUUCUGUAUGAAUAUAAGACAGAAAUUGGCUGAGCAAAAGAGAAGUUUGGCAAGACGAGCUGAUAUGAUGAUGAGAAGAAGAAUGGAGGGAUUGCAAGGAGCCAGUUCGUCAGCUGCUCCAGCUCCAUCUACACCUGCACCGCAAACACCUGUGACACCUUCGAAUAAUGGAGGUGGAAUGGGCGGAGGAUCGCAUGGAAUGAAAGGGGGUGGAAGUGGAGGAAGUCAGCCAACUCAGCAACAACAACAACAACCAACAACAGCCGCAGCCAAUCAACAUAUCGGAGGAAUGGGACAACAAAUGACAGGACUUGGUGGAGGGCAGAUGGGUGGAAAACCUGGAAUGCCAAUGCAACAUCCUAUGCAACAACAACAGCGGUUUAUGCGUAAGUUUUUUUGGGUUGGAAAUCGGGAGCGGGAUGUUCGGAAAAUUUUACCUAAAAACCUAGACAUAGGAGAUACCUCAAAACUUAAAAAAACAAAAUAACCAGGAGAUUUCUCAGGUUAGGAGCAUUUUUCGAAAAAAACAUCUGAUUUUUUGGGUUUCUCAGGUUGAGAAAGGAGUACGCGAGAAAAUUAAUUUAAAAAUAAUAUUUCCCCCAUAACCCCACGUUUUUUUGCAGAAUCUGGAAACGGUGGACUCGGCGCCCAACAACAACAGCAACAACAAAUGUAUGGUGGAAUGCAAAGACCUGGUGGAAUGAUGACACCUCAACAAAUGCAGCAAAUGCAACAACAGCAACAAUCUCGAGCUGGUGGAAUGGGAAUGAGUUCGCAGCAACAAUUCCGACAACAACAAGCUCAAGCUCAAGCUCAAGGUGGUUUUGGUGGAAUGAUGCAUAUGCAGCAAAUGCAGCAACCUGGUGGAGCUGGAAAUGGUGCACCAACUGAUCCCGCUAUUUUAUCACAACUCUCGAAAAUUAAUAAUCGAUUGAAAUCGGCAAAAACUCACGAAGAACGCGAAUUGUUUUAUGCGGAUCUGAAAAAGACGCCGCAUUUGUUUAAUGCUUUCUUGAGGGUGAGUUUUUUGGAAACUGGGGUAUGAUUAUUUCUGUGAGAAAUUUUAGCUCGAAUGUUUCAAAAAUUAAAAAUAUAUCACCAAGACCUUUUUAAUGAAAAGGAUAAAAAGUUUUAUCUAGAAUAUUUUUCGACAUUUCUGAAACUUCAUCUUUAAUUAAAAUCUGAAGUUCAAAUUUUCACUCAAUUUUGAAACUGAAAAAUUCUUGAUUUUCUGAAGUUAUGAGCUUUUGUGUCGAAAUUCUUUUUCAAUUUAUAUUUUUCUAAAAUUAAUUUUAAUUUUUUUUAGCAAAACGGAGCUCAAUCGAAUUACAUGUCACAACAACAGCAAAUGAUGAUGGCUGGAGGUGCACCGGGAGCAGCCGGUUCACAACAGCCAAAUCAAAUGCGAGGAGGCGCUGCCGCUGGCGGUUUUCAAGGACAACAACAACCACGUGGAGCAUCCGGACAAUUUGCAUCGAUGAAUGCUGCACAACAACAACAAGCGUGGCAAAAUCAACAGAGAGGAAAUAUGGCACCUGGUGGACAAAUGUAUCAGGUAUGCGAGUUUUUUUUAGAAGUAUUUGGGGUUUCUUUGGUUAGAGGCAAAUAGCUUGAUUUUCAAAAUAUUGCUCAGGUUAAAAGAAAUUGAUUAAUUAGCUUUUCCAUUCUGAUUUACACCCUUUGAUUUUUGCUUGUUUCCAGAUUGGAUUUGGUUUUAUUAUUUUUAUUGUUACUUUUUUUGCAAAUCAAAUAUUUUCAGAAUCGUCAACAGAUGAUGAUGCAACAGCAACAUCAGCAACAGUUACAACAACAGCAGCAGCAACAACAUCAAUCAAAUGCUGGAGGACAAUAG